AGAUGGGUGUAUUCAUGUGGUCUCUGUCUGUCCAGAUGAAGGAGAGGGCCAUCCAGACUCUGGGUUAUCUACCAGUGGGAGAUGGAGAUUUUGCCCACCAGAAGAAGCUGCUGCAGGGGCUCAUGGACUCUGUGGAGGCUAAACAGGUAGAACUACAGUUUACAGUAGGUGAAGCCAUCACCAGUGCUGCGAUAGGGACCAGUUCUGGAGCUGCCAGGGACCCAUGGACCUGUACUGAGGAACAAUACAGUCCCCCAGACAAUGUGCAGAGUAACGAUGUGGUGCCUUGGGUGCUGAACUCCAUCCUGGCCAAGUACAUCCCAAGUCAAAACCCCCACGUCAGACAGGCUGCCUGUAUAUGGCUGCUCUCUCUGGUCAAGAAGCUGCACCAACACACAGAGAUCAGGGUACAGUAUGACUGGCUGGGGUCAGGGGUCAGGGCUGGGGGGUCAAGAAGCUGCACCAACACACAGAGAUCAGGGUACAGUAUGACUGGCUGGGGGUCAGGGGUUAGGGGUCAGACAGGCUGCCUGUAUAUGGCUGCUCUCUCUGGUCAAGAAGCUGCACCAACACACAGAGAUCAGGGUAGAGUAUGACUGGCUGGGGGUCAGGGGUUAGGGGUCAGACAGGCUGCCUAUAUAUGGCUGCUCUCUCUGGUCAAGAAGCUGCACCAACACACAGAGAUCAGGGUACAGUA